CGGGCGUAAAAUAUGGGGGUUCAGAGGCCUUCCCCCCUCCCAAAAAUACUGCUCUAGUGGCGUUCGACAGUGCUCAGUCACGAGCUUUUUGGUCCGGCCUAUCCCCCUCUACAACUGUGCCUAGUGGUUUCCCUCGGACUGAACCAUUCCUCGUCUAGCUGCCCACGCCUCUGCCUGACUUUCUUCUUCUACAAUAAUCCUGAAUCCUACACCUUUCUCCCUCCCGUGCGCACUAGAAAAUGACUUGCAGCAUUCUUCAGUAACAGUAUCCUUCACCGACGGAUCUCUCUCGUCUGCGCUCCCGACAUCGCCAGAUAGCGGCACGUGCGGCCAUCCGCCUUGAAUCCCGCCAGAGACGACAACGAUAUUCGACACCAUGUUGCUGCUCCACCAGGUGGGAAGCGUCAAGAUUGGCGAGGUGAUCCGCUACACCGUCACAUACACCCCUUCCGAAGACCGCAUUCUUCCGUCACCGGAGAAGCUCUUCGUCCGCAUACGCAACACAUCGGCCAUUGCUCUCCGUGCCGCCUUUAUCCACGGCCCGUACUCCCUCACCGUCGCUACAUAUCCCGCGAGCUUUGACCCUAACGAAAAGUUCGAGAACCCCCGCCGCUAUGGAAUACCUCAAUAUGAGCCAAUGCUCAAGGCUGGCGGCUCAUGGGAAUCUGAGCUAGUUGUCCCUGACAAUAUCAGACAGUCCGCAGGCAUUGGUGCCUCUGGCGGCUUUGGUGGAGGUCCAGAGACGGCUGAUCAGAGCGCUAGCUGGAUUAUUGAGAUCUCUUCUCAGGUUCUCUUUUCUACAUCCGUCGACGUUGGAUUUGAGGUGGUCGUUGCCCGAGACCGCAAGUCUCUCAAUCUGAGCAGCGCCUCGGGUAGCUCAAGCAACCUGAACCAACCUGCUGGCCCGGGUUCGAUAAAGGACUUGCAGCAGAGUAUAGGGUCAAAGGAUGGUCAUCACCAAGCCCAACUCAAGGGCAUCUUCUCUCGAGCAGUGAAGUUAGUCGUUGUCGAUACGGCUACCAUGUGGAACACUCCUCGCCUACCUGGGUGGGACGAUGCUGGUAGCGAGAGAAUAAAAGAGAGUGCCGCUGCUGAUGCUCCUGUUGAAAGCGUUGUCGAAAAGGAUACACCCGAAACAACAGAACACAAGGAGAAGCCUCCCAAGAAAAUACACCUUGUCAUUUUAACACAUGGACUGCACAGCAACUUGGGCGCUGAUAUGCUCUUCAUGAAAGAAAGCAUUGAUGCUGCAGCGAAAAAGGCAAAGCUGGACGCUAAAGCCCGUCGCGAGAAGGCAAGGGCAGAGAAAGCGAACUCUGAGAAGGAACCGAUAGACGAUGGUAGUGAUGACGACGAAGAUGUCAUUGUUCGAGGCUACUCUGGAAACGCAACAAAAACUGAAAAGGGUAUCAAAUACCUCGGCAAACGUUUAGCUCGAUAUGUCCUAUCGAUUACCUACCCUGACCAACCUUUCUUACCUAUUGGUAAAGGUGCUGGAGAGGGCAGCGCUGAAAAGUAUCGAAAGGAGGACUGGAAAGAUGACCACCUCACGAGGGCUCACAAACACAGCGCAUUGGUCAAAGACACCAUACCCGGUCACCUUGCCAAGCACAAACGAUCAUAUAAAAUCACAAGCAUCAGCUUUAUCGGUCACUCUCUCGGUGGUCUGGUGCAGACGUACGCAGUUGCCUAUAUUCAGAAGCACUCUCCCGAGUUCUUCGACCUUAUCAAGCCGGUAAAUUUUAUUGCCCUGGCCACCCCCUUCCUUGGUCUCAGCAAUGAGAAUCCUUUGUACGUCAAGUUUGCAUUGGACUUUGGACUGGUCGGCAGAACUGGCAAGGACCUCGGCCUUACUUGGCGCGCUCCAACCAUCGCCCGAAACGGCUGGGGUGCGCUGGUGAGCAAUCUGGGAGAGACCGCUCAUAAACGCGUCUAUGGCGAGUCUCAAACUGAGUCCAAGCCAUUGCUCCGAAUCCUUCCCACCGGUCCAGCGCAUAUUGCACUUAAAAAGUUUCGAAACCGCACAGUCUAUUCAAACGUUGUCAACGACGGCAUCGUUCCUUUACGAACGAGCUGUUUGCUCUUUUUGGAUUGGCAGGGCCUCGGCCGUGUCGAAAAAGCACGACGAGAUGCCGGCUUGGUAGAGACGGUCGUCGGAUUUGGUUGGGCUGAGCUGACAGGUACAAACCUUGCAGGCGUGAAGCAAAAGCAUCGCAAUUCAAACGAAGACGAUGCCCUCGACUCUGGCGCGUCCACCCCACGCCAUAACUCGCACCAGGUUCCUCAACCAGACGACAACGCGAUGGAUGAAGUCGAUAAAGCAAGUCUGCAUUCCGUUAUUUCGCGAACCAGCGAACCGCUUCCCCCAGCCGAAGCAAGCCCAAGUGAGACGACAUUCAAGGUACCUCUUGCAGGUCUUUUCAACUUUUUUAAGAGCAACGAGCCUCCAAAGCCUGAAAUAGUGUCUCAGAAGCAAAAGAAGAUGAUUCGUAGAGCGCAAACUAUCAAUUUUGACGAAAGUCCACAGAGCACGCCUACCUCAAGCACCUCUGACGUUACGUCUGGCAAGGGAAACAAGGUCACUUCUGGGCAUGAGCUAGAAAUAGAGGUCGGUACUGUUACGGCGCCACCCAAGACCACAAUCUUUGAAUCUGCUGGUGACCUACUCAAUCCCAAGGUCCCCAGCGUAGAAUACUUGCUGGAUCCAUCCAAGCGACCCCGAACUAUAUUCCACGAUCGGGUCUACCAUCCAAAUGAUAUCCCUCCACCCCCUUUGAAGAAGAGAAGCACUUCAUCGCUUUUACGUCGCAGGACAUCGAAAAUUCAAAAAGACGGAUCGCAGGACUCACCAAGCAGUGGCUCCUCGUCUCCUUACCCCGGUGUGGACCACCAAGACUCCAUGGCUUCCGCCAAAGAUUACGAUGACACUGCCAAUACCAACCCUGAUAAGGAUCCGAACCAAGUAGUCGACGGGUCAGGUAUGCGAGUGGAGGAGAAAAUCGCUCGUGGAUACCAUCGGGGUCUUGCUUGGCGCAAAGUGCUGGUGAAACUAGAGCCAGAUGCCCACAACAACAUCAUUGUACGCCGCACGUUUGUCAAUGCGUUUGGGUGGCCGGUCAUGAAGCAUCUAGUAGACUCGCAUUUUAGCGAUUCUGCAGUUUCACGAAUGAAGACAGAGGACGAGCAUAUUGGCGAGCGAGCACUCGAUAUGAGUGUGCCUCCUGACGAGCAUGGCACCGAGACGAAGACAACCUCUGAUCCUGCCAAGGAGGAUCCAGCCAGUCCAAUCAUUGCCACUGCAGAGCCUCUGGCUCAGGAGCAGCUCGAAGUCCGCGAUAAGGUCGCGGCUCUACGUCGACGUAACGAGGAAGUUAUAUCACCAUCGUCGCCGAACCACGGGUCAGUGACUUGGAGCGAGCGCGAUUGGGACGACAGUGAGGCCGACAGUGACGAUGACCAUAAAAAUAGCAAAGGGUCAAAAUCUGACAAGGCCAAGGGCCAAGACGGAAGUAGCUCUUGGAGUUGGGCAGAAAAGAUUGUCGGUAAACGUGCGAAGAGCCCUGCGGUAGAACCAACUGCGUAGAGUGUACAUAUCGUAUUAGAGAACCUGCAAUGAGAUACCUUUUUGUUUUGCGCCCUUUUGAGCUAUACUAAACUACGCAGAUAAAUUGAUUAUUGAAAG